GCCGUCUUUAACGACGCCACAAUCGAGUAGCCACCGGGAUUAACUACCUGGGAAAUGGACGCCGGAGCUGAACCUGAUGUGGAUCAUCCGGUGGAUGGCGAUUCAUCGGCAACGGAAGAAACUGGAUUGAAUCAAAAGAGCGACGUAAGAACGGAGUCGUCGUCGCAGUUGAAUCAAGGAGAGAUUUUAAAAACACUUGCGACAGUGGAGAAGGAUUCGAAGGCAAUCGCGGAGAGUUUCUCGUCUCUCUUUGUUUCCCUUCGAUCAACUCUCUCUGAGGCGACGAGUAGUUCGGUUGAUCACAUGAGUUGCUUUGGUGAUGCAGCAGGACGGCUUCAGGAAACUGCUUUAGAUGCUUCUACUAAAGGGAACCGUUACAUCAACUCUUGCCUCAGAUUGAACGAGGAAAUUAAAGGCGUUGAGAAUCUGGCGGCUAGGUUAAAGCACCUGAGGAGAAAUGUGGAUGUUCUUGACACGGCUGUUAACAAGCUUCUCCGUCCUCCAUGACAAGUCAGCAGCUUUCACGCACUUUGGAUCACUUACAACUGUUGGUUUUCUUUUUGUAACACAAGGUUAUAUGUGUUAAAACGUUUGUUUCGUAUGUUGACAAGUGACAAACUAGAAUGCUGUUGAUUUCCGUUGAUCUAACUUUCUUUGUCCACUAUAUGAAUGGAAUCUAACUUGAC